AUGCCAGCGACCAAAGCUAACGCUGGCUCGGCAUCCCAGCGCUACCGUCCAGCCUCGGAGUUCGACGAUGCCACUCUUGCCCAAAAGAGAGAAUAUUGGAGGAAUAAGAAACGAGAGCAGAGGGCCCGUUUGUCCAAGCAGAGAGGGACGCCAACGCACUGCAGCAGAAGAGGACAGCUCCCACGUCUGAAUGCUUCCGGGGGGAAUCCCACUUUUUCGGAGUCGCCUGCUGUUUUGUCUACUCUUUCACAGACUAAACCCGACUCAGACGGCGUGGGAUCACAGCGUGGACAUAUAGUUGGACACGUUUCUCUUGAGAAUGAUGACAACCAAAAGGAGGAGUGGCAUCAGACACUGAGAGUCGACAAAGUUUUGGAUCUCCCGCAGCUCAUCGGUUCCAAAGAAGCUGAGGGCAGCACAGCUACUGUCAGAAAAGCAUCACCGAGAACUGUCAGGAAAGUGGUUACGGCGGCCUCCUUUAAUGGAACGCAGCGGAACUUCAGUUUCUCAGUGCCUCCGGUUCCAGUGACUAGAAUUUCCAAUGGCAGCUCCACUAAAACAGAACCUCAGCCAUGUAUGUCUAUGCAGAGCACAACAUUUUCCCAAACCCUAUCGAACUCGCAAGGUGCACUGGAAAAUACAGAUGUGAGUCUUGUGUUUCCGUUUGUUUCUGUCAAAACGGAAGGCGAUACCAUGAACCCGAUGCCCCAAAGUGGAGCAAAGUGUGCCGCAGCCAUUACACAAAGUACAAAAGGCGCUGGUGGUGCACAGCCUUCCCUGGAGUCCGACGAGGAGAAAGCAGCCAGACGCAGGGAGCAGUGGCGAAUCAAAAAGCGAGAGCAGAGGGCAAAGCUGGCAGCUCGGAUAGCCAAAGCCAGAGACAGGAUGCAGGCUGGAGACUUGUCUUUUCAGAGGCAAACGGCACAAAAACCAGUGCCUGCGUCCAGCUCUCCGCUUCUCCAGUUUCAGUUUUCCCCUCGAGGUAAAACGCCGUUUCCAUCCAUCCAAAGGGACGCAGGGAAACUGCAAAGAGGAGCAGCCCGGACUUUUGCUAAACUCCAAACAGAUCCGAUUCACGUACAAAGAUCCGAUGGGAAAAAGAGAUUACAGAAAGACCUAGCAUUUGAUGUUGGGUUUGUAAAAAAGCCGGCAGAAUCGCAGAGGAAAGUUCACGCCUGCACACAUUACUACACCGUCACACGGGGGAUCGCACGGUAUAAAACCCCCAGGCAGAAAAUCAUUGAAAUGCAGAGGAAUUUUUUAAUCCAGAGAAACCUGAGAUGUAAACCGCCCCCAAUGACUUCGAUGUUAUUUACUGAAGGCAUGCCCAAAAGCGCCCCCCACGACACGCCCGAGCAGAUAAUAGCCAAGCGGCGGGAAUACUGGCGCACCAAAAAGCGCGAACAACGGGCCAAGCUGUCUAUGGAGAUGAAGGUCCGCUUAAAGGAGAGAGACUCUCUGAUGCGGAGAGCAAAGCGUUACAAUCAAAUAGUGGAAGAAAUUAGGGAGGCGAAGGCCCGGAACCACUCGUCAGAAAGCGGCCUCACCCAUUCCAGCGAGAGCUUCGGAGGGUUCAUCAAAGAGGACGGGACACUUACAGCUAACGUCCCCCAGUGUCCUAACGGUCAGAGCCCAGCAGGAGACAAACCUGAAAAAAAGCUCCAGGUAGUUCCCAAGAAUAUCCCCAUCAGGAUAAACCAACUUUCCCCCCCGCUCCGUCCAUCCCAAGCCAAGGCCUCCUUUCCUCAGGCUGUGCAUCUAGUCAAAAAGCCCCAGAGAUUAAUGCCCGCCAAGCCACAAACGCAAUUCGAAAUCGCCACCAUUCCUAAUUCCCAGUCUUUAGCCGCCCAGGGUGUAGGUCAGCUCACCCUGACUCACCAUCAGAACGCGUCGCCGACGGGGCCGCCGGCCGGAUCCGACCCGGGCGGCUGCGUGAUGAAAAUGGUCAUAUCCAGCCGGGCGCCGCCGUCCCCGCUUCCGCCUCUAGAUCCGGGGCUGACGGAGGAAGAGAGGAUGGCGAAAAAGAGGGAGUACUGGAGGAUAAAGAAGCGCGAGCAGCGGGCGGCCCGCGCCGUCCGUCUGAAGCCGGCCAGUGCGGCCCUGGACAGGAGGAGGGCUCAGAGACAAGAACUGACCACCACUUCUACAGACGGCACAGGAAACGCACAACCCCUCUCAAUCGACGGCGUGUCUUUAACGCCGCACACAAGCGAAAUAAAGCAGGAGGCCGAAGCCGUGGCGGCGGCUGACCUCAAUUCCUCACCUCCCGACAUCAACCCCCCCGCCUCCCCGGCCGGUCAGCAGGAGCUGGACACGUCUGCGGGCCCGGACUGCCAGGCCACCACGCUCCUCGCCGUGGCGUCGAUGAAGAAGCUCCUGGAGGAAUCGCUCAGCACCGUCACGGAGUGCAAAAGCGUGCAGACGGACAUCAAGACGGAAGCGAGAGAGAGCGCGCCCGAGCAGGACGCCAAGCCCAGUUUGUCUCGGCUGUUUUUCGAAAAAGACGACAUGGCGCCCAUCGCCGCUGACCUGACUCUGCAGAUAAAGAGCUGGCGGCCGGACGGCGACGUCUUAACACAGCUCAAGGACUCCUCAGAAAUGAUCGAGACCGGUCCGGACUCGGCCACCUGCAGCGAGACGGGCCCGUCCGACUGCGAGCCCUCGGGUCAGCAGCCCCUGGCCUUCAGCUUUAGCGUGGAAGCGUUCGAUGGCCGGACGUCGCCACGCCGACCCCAGAGGUUCAACAGCAAAACAAACGAGCAUUCCCCGGAACCGCCCAAACUCCACCACAUCCCAGACGCAGCGGCGGGCCGGGCGCACGUCCAGCAGCAGCUGUGGGCCGAGCUGACCGCAGCAGAGGGUCCGGCACCGGGCACCGGGGCCGCGGCCGCAGAGCAGGGCGGCCUGACCAGUCUGCAGAGGAAGAGGGAGUACUGGAAGCUGAUGAAAAGGCAGCAGAGGGCCCGGCUAAAGGCCAACCAGAGAGCCAGGCAAGGAGGAUGCAGCAGCCGCCUCAUUUCAAGAGACAUCCAGAUGCCAGGACUUAUAAUCAACGCCGUUAAAGCUGUGGGUCAAACCAAGCCGGCCCCAAAGCCCAAACGGCCCGUCCCUUCAGUGGGUCACAUCGCUGGAGUCCUGCUAGUUCACCGGACAUCGCGUAAUGCCGAACGGCCCCUGGCCAUCAGAGAGGACAGCGGCGUGAGUGGGGGCUCCUCACAAAAAGCGACGGCCUUUACCAGACUUUCUGGGUCUCCACAACGUUCCCAAGAGCGUAACUCUCAAAGCACAGAGGUAGAUCCGGCCCCCCCCCUCCGAACUCUGAAGCCCCCAGAUAACCCGUUGUCAAACAUCAACCUGCGAGCCGUCCAGUUCCCCGCCCAGAGUCCCAAUUCCACCCUCAGUCCAGUAGAAAUCCCCCAGACUCCAGCACCUAGUUCAGCAGUAAGCACACUUGUUCCUCCCAAACCUGUCCCAGGGGAAUCUGAGGAGGACUUUCUGAGGAGGAAACGGGAGUACUGGAGGAUUAAGAAAAAGGAACAGAGAGCUAGGAAAGCCACUCGGGACAAAGGGAUGUCCCCGAGGACCACUUCUAGAAACUGGAACUCCAUCUCGCCCUCCCAGAACCUGCAGACACAAGCAAAAGCUGAACAGGGGUGUGAUCAGUGGGCCAACUCCCCUGAGGAAUCUGAACAACUGAGGAGCAUGCCUGUGGAGCCUGACGCGGAACCGUUUGAGUUCUCCGAUCACGUGGCGCCGAUAGAAGAUGACUCGGAGCUUCUGUUCGAUCACUACGAGGACGGCGGCGUUGAGGAGGGCGCCCUGCCCGGCGGCGUGUGGAGGAGCCACUACCUCAUGGACUACGACCCGCUCCACCAGCUGCUGGUGUGCACGGUGUGCGGGGAGCUGCAGUACGCCCACAGCCCGGAGGGGGCCGCCGCCCACAUCCAGGAGGCGCACCCCCACAGCGCCGCGCUGGAGCCCGCAGACAGGCAGCGCAUCCUGGAGGCCUGGGACGAGCAGGAUUACUGA